CUCUGUGCCGAGCUGUAAUGUGAGCUGACUGCUGGUCGCUGUAGGCGCUCUCUCUUCCAGUCAUCCAAAACUCGAUGGUGAAUAACGGAUCGGGAAAGAUGGACACGUAUGAAGCGUAAUGAGGAGCAGCUGCUCGGAGAUGUAGAACAGUUACUUUUGGUCUGGACAGAGGCCUGUGUGUCCCCAGGAACGCAACGUCUUCUAAGAUCCGAAACCCAGGAAGGACACAACCUGUAGGACACCAUGACAGGACGCUGCCGGUCGAAUUCUCCGGAUGACGGCUGUGAAGUGGGGAUCGCUCUGAUUGGUCUGUUGUAAGAUGGACGUUCUACACGAGAGGCGGACCAGGUGACCUAAAGGACUCGCCGCUGAUCUCCAGUCCGUAUUUACUCUUUGGUGCUGAGCAGUCGUCUCUUUGUGGCAGCCCAGGACUAGGUGAUGGGGAUGGCCAGCGCCAUCGGGAACCGCUUCUGCCAGAUCCGGCUGCUGCUGCUCUUCAUCGCCGUGUGUCUUAUGAUCGUUGGCUGGGCCUGCUUCUAUGUAACGGACAGCACCCGGUACACCCCCAAAUACAGAACUCGUAUGGACAGCUUCUGGAAGUGUCCACCCUCCGAGAAGAAACCGGAGGACAAUAGAUUGUCGCCUGUCUUGGAGCAGACGACGCAGAAGAAAGUGGACUUAAAGAUCUGCCCGGUGCUGUCCCCGCAGCUCAAGGGGGUUGUGCCUCUUACAUUUGCUCCAAACCUCAGCCUGGAGGAUGUGGAGAAGAAGUAUCCCCUGGUCAGCGGGGGUCAGUACCAUCCGCAGACGUGCAGAGCCCAGCAGAGAGUCGCCAUCUUGAUCCCGCACCGGAACCGGGAGAAGCACCUCCUGUACCUGCUGGAUAACUUACACCCGUUCCUGCAGAGGCAGCAGCUGGACUACGCCAUUUAUGUCAUCCAUCAGGCUGGAGAUGUGAAAUUUAACCGGGCCAAGCUACUGAACAUCGGCUACUUGGAGGCGUUAAAGGAGGAGAACUGGGACUGCUUUAUAUUCCACGACGUGGACCUGCUCCCCGAGAACGACUUCAACACUUACCUCUGCGACAGCGAACCCAAGCACCUGGUGGUGGGCCGCAACGUCACCGGAUACAAGUUGUGGUAUAAAGGCUACUUUGGAGGCGUCACCGCCAUGACCAGGAGACAAUUUGCCAGGGUGAACGGCUACUCCAACAAUUACUGGGGCUGGGGCGGCGAGGACGACGACCUGCGCUACAGGGUGGAAUUUGAAAAGAUGGUGGUGGUUCGGCCUCCCCCAGAAAUAGCCAGAUACACCAUGAUUUUCCACACUAGAGAUGCAGGAAAUGAAGUCAACGUGGAAAGGAUGCACUUACUCAGGAAAGCGUCCAAGGUCUGGAAGACGGACGGGCUGAACUCCUGCAACUAUAAGCUGCUGUCCGUAGAACACGAACCUCUCUACAUCAACAUCACAGUCGACAUAGGAAAACCGCACCACUAGCCAAAGGGCCGACGGCACCUCCCGGGCCGGCUCCACAAUGGACAUUAUAGACUGUUAUAGUGAAUGUCGUCUAUAUAACGGCAUCUGCUGCUGGAGUGCAAUCCCCUCCCCCCCCUCCCCUACACUGACUGUCAUGGCCGCCCGGCAUUAUACCGUCAAGGGUUGUUUACAGUACAUCCGGGCGUGAAGACCGCACCACUGCCUGUCCCGAGCCUUGACUUUUAACUUUCAUACCGUAGAACACUCAAAGCUUUAUUAGACGGAUGUUUGUAUACACAAUGACGUUCCGCCAAGGAGAAAAAUCACAUUCCAGCUCUUUGUUAUAGUGGUGUUCUUACCGCUCAAUUAUUUAUGACAAUUUCUGAUACAAAAAAAAGAAAAAGAGAAUAAAAACAUAGGUUUUAUUUU